GUGUCAGGCUGUCCACAGAGGAGCCUGAUCAGAGUCUGAUUAUUAAUCUGAAGAAACGAUCAGAUCAAACUUUGUUAUUGUUUAUUAACAUGUUCAAACAUCACGGGCACGCGCACUGACACGCGCUGUGUCCGCGGGACAGACUGCAGGACGAACCGAGCCCGAACAUCCAGCUAGCGUUCGGCUAACGUUCGGCUAACGUUCGGCUAACCUUCGGCUCCAACGGAACUUUAACGUUUAAACGUGACGAGAUGAAGCCGUGAGUCUGCUGCACGGUUUACGGUCACGGUAACGUCCGGUAACGUCACGGUAACGUCCGGUAACGUCCCGGUAACGUCUCGGUAACGUCCGGUAACGUCCCGGUAACCGUCGACAUGGACUCGUACCUCGUGCUGGAGCUGGUUGGAGAAGGUUCGUUCGGUCGAGUUUACAAAGGAAGGAGACGGUUCACGGGCCAGGUGGUGGCUCUGAAGUUCAUGCCUAAGGUGGGUCGCUCAGAGAAGGAGCUGCGCAGCCUGAAGAGAGAGAUCGAGAUCAUGAGAGGCCUCCAACACCCGAACAUCGUGCAGCUGUUUGACAGCUUCGAGACGGAGACGGAGGUGGUGGUUGUCACUGAGUACGCAGAGGGUCAGCUGUUCCAGAUUCUGGAGGAUGAUGGGAAGUUACCUGAGAGCCAGGUCCAAGAGAUCGCCUGUCAGCUGGUCUCGGCUCUGUACUACCUGCACUCUCACCGGAUCCUCCAUCGAGACAUGAAGCCGCAGAACAUCCUGCUGGGGAAGAGCGGCGUGGUGAAGCUGUGCGACUUCGGGUUUGCUCGAGCGAUGAGCGUCUCCACGCUGGUGCUGACGUCCAUCAAGGGGACGCCGCUGUACAUGUCGCCCGAGCUGGUGGAGGAGAAGCCGUACGACCACACGGCUGAUCUGUGGUCUCUGGGCUGCAUCCUCUACGAGCUCCACACGGGGGCGCCGCCGUUCUACACCAACUCCAUCUUCCACCUGGUGCAGCUCAUCGUGAGAGACCAAGUCAAGUGGCCGGACACGAUGAGCGACAGCUGCACGAGUUUCCUCAAAGGUUUGUUGACCAAAGAUCCUCAGAAGCGUUUGUCUUGGCCGGACCUCCUGCACCAUCCUUUUGUUGCUGAUGGAGUUCCAGUUCUGUCCGACUCGACUGUUUUCAGCCCGCUGACAGUCACGCCAAGCCCGGACAUGUUGGCGCUGAAACUUCAGCAAGUGGCAGCGAAGACUGUGCCGACGUCUGGACAGAGCAGACUGCUGCGAAAGGCCCGAGAACAGACGGACAGCAGAGCGAGGCCAGCGGGCAGCGACGAUGUGAAGAAAAAGAAGGAUGGAGCAUCAGCAGCAGCUUCCCCGAGAGCCAAGCCCAGCUCCGCUGAUGUUACCUCAGGUCCAUCAGUCCUGAACCUGAAGAAUCAGGACUGCAACAGAUCCAAACACAGAGGUCAGAUCAGCAGGGACUAUGAACAGGAGUUUCCCUCUGUGGAGGUCGGACCACAACUACUGCGGAGACACAGCGAGGACGGUCAGGAUGUUGGCGGUGAGGAAUAUUGGGAGAAGCUGGUCCAACAGUCAGAUCCAAACAGACCCAGAGAAUCGUUGGACCUCAGUGUUGUCGUACCGCAGAUUAAAUCUCAGAUCGCUGCGUUCAGAGUUCAAUUAACGGCUGGUGUCGUUAACGAAACGUGGCGGAUUCAACAACCGCUGAAAGUUUUACACAACCUGCUUCUGACCCACGACCCCGACAAGUCGUACCAGAUCGGCCAGGAACUCGGACUACCGCAUGUCCUCUUUGAGCUCGUCCACGAUGCUGUCGAGAACUCAACUUUCAUCGAGCAGCCGGGGAGCGUCCCAACACUCGGAGAAAUGAUCACUGUGCUCAUAAUCUACUGGGAGGAGCACGGUGACUGGACGGAAGAACAUCGACUGGAAGAGUUCACCAAACCCUUCGUCACCAUCCUCGGUCAAACACAGCUCGCUCCUCUGGCGCCUCUGGCCGCCACCGUCUUGUCUCUGUUCACACAACACGUCGAUGUCGAGAUCGAUUUAGAAAUUUUGACCUCGCUGCUGAAGAAGCUGCUGAUGGACUCGUACGAGCCUCAGGUUUCUCUUCCGCCUGGAUUCGGUCUCUGUGACGGCGUCCUGUCUUUACUGCUGCACAAACUCUCCGAGCAUGAAAGCAGCUCUUCAUCUUUAGAUCCGGACGUGUUUCUGGAUCUUUGGAAAAGAAUCAGCGCCUCGCUGGAGAAGACGACACCAGACUUGUGUUCAGCACACGGGCUGUACUCCUUCCUGGCGAUCGCACUGUUUGUCUUCACCAAGGACCCGUACUCGUGCAUUCCUCUGUUUUCUGACCGCGAGUCAAAAUGCGUGUUCGCCCUCGGCCAGCUGCUGCGAACUGACCGUCUUCAUCUGUCUGCAGCAACCACGAGACCCGAGGUGGAUCUGAGCCACGACGGCGUGUCGGUGCUGAGCUGUCACUUGUUGUGCUUCCCGUUCGCCCUGGAGCUGCCCUCACGCAACACGUCCACCAUUUUCCAGUCGUACGACAGCUGUGGGAUCGUCGAAGGCCUCGUGCAGGUGAUUCAGACUCUCCCUCCUCCUCUGCUCGAGCUGCCUCUCUCCUUGCUGAACCGUUUGCUCCUGUGCGACCCCGGCCGAUCGCUUUCCCGCCUCGUGAAGGUCGCUUAUGGUUUUUUCGCGUUGCCCGGGAACAGCCGGCUCACGUCGCGGACCGCCGGCUCUCUGCUCGCUGACUUCCUGCAGCAGGACGUGCUGUGGGAUUCUGCCGCCGAGCUCCUGACUCUGUUGUCCCAGGUCGCCCGUUGUUCCCCUCAACAUUCCCGCCUUCAGGUCCACGUGGACGCCUUGGCGCUGCAGCAGGCGUUGGCUCACCCUCAUGAUCCGAUCAGAGCUGCCGCCUGCAGACUUCUGGGGAGUUUAAAUCCGCUCAGGCCUCCUGCGCUGCAGCCGGACAUCUUCAGGAGCACGAUCGACUGUCUGCACGACUCCAGCACGCCUGUGCGGAGGAUGGCUUGCCGGGCAGUCGGGAACUGGAUGGGGUACAUGGCAGCGGGUCGGUCCAACGAGUGUUCACACAGUGAGGCAGCAGGAGAUCUGUCCACCAUAGCAGAACAGGGAUUGGACGAGGAGGACGGGCGGGGGUGGACACAGGAAGCGAGGAGGACGGCGGCCAUGCUGGCGCCUCUGAUCAGCGACCCCGACGCCCUCACACGGCGGCACUGCUGCACGGCUCUGGGAAACCUGGUGAACGUCGAUGGUGCUGCGGCGUUGUUGUCGCAGGAAGACGUGUUCGGGAAACUUCUGAGAGCCGCGUGCUCCGACUCCCACAAUGCAGUGAGGCAAGCUGCCAUAACAACCCUGAGCCUGUACAGCAGGCAGGACGCCGUACGCCAGGUCCUGAUCUCCCUCGAUGCCGUGCACAAACUUGUUGAAGCUUCACAUCACACAGCUCCACACUGUGACUACGAUCAGCUGAUCGGACGGCUGCGAACGAGUCCACCGUGAAAAAUGUGAAAAUUCAACACACCACUUCCUGUCGUCCACGCCGUGACGGAGGAUAAAAAAACGUUUUAAUAUUUUGACUUUUAAAUUUAAAAUGAUGCAAAAAAAAAGAUCAGCUGAUCUUCAUCUUCUGUCU